AUGAAGAUUGCCAUCACAAUCACUGUUGCCAUGCUAUCCAUCUGCUGCAUCUCAGCUUCUUCAGACACCUGCCCAGGAUUUUUUCAAGUCCUUGAGUUCCUCUUCAUGGGCUCAGAGUCCAGUUAUGAGGCAGCCCUGAAGUUUUACAACCCUGGCUCAGACCUGCAAAACUCAGGGAUCCAGUUGAAGAAGCUGGUGGACACCCUCCCCCAGAAGACCAGAAUGAACAUCAUGAAACUCUCGGAGAUAAUCCUAACAAGCCCUCUGUGUAAUCAAGACUUAAGCGUCUAAAGCUCACCAGACUGCAAAGAUACUCCCCUGAUAACAGCCCCUGUCCUCACCCGGUGCCUCUGUGACCUCCCUGCACCAGCCCUGCCUUUCUCUCUGCAAUAAAC